UGUCAUGCCUUAACAACCGUUUCCCGUUACCACCACGGUUCAUUUGCAAAAUCUAUAGGACAUGUUGGAAUCUGGAAGUUUUUGGAAUGUAAACAUAUUCUCGUAAGAACGCGGGAUUAG